CAAAAUUACAUCUCGAUUUGCUCACAACGUGAUAACGAGCCGUGUGGUAAACCGAGCAACUAAAUCCAAGGAAGCCCUCUUUGAAGUUGAGCUGCCCAAAACAGCUUUCAUUACCAACUUUACCAUGACCAUUGAUGGCGUGAAAUAUUUUGGAGAAGUUAAGGAAAAAGAAGCUGCUCAGCAACAGUAUAAAGCUGCAGUGUCCCAGGGACAGACUGCAGGAUUGGUCAAAGUAUCUGGAAGAAAAAUGGAAAAGUUCAAAGUAUCAGUAAAUGUUGCACCAGCCAAAAAAGUUAAUUUUGAACUAACCUAUGAAGAAUUAUUAAAACGCAAAUUGGGAAAAUAUGAGAUGAUCCUCAGAGUAAAACCUAUGCAGCUUGUCAACCAUUUCCAGAUUGAUGCCCAUAUUUUUGAAUCAAAGGGCAUUGCUUUCCUCAAUGUCCGUGGAACCUUUUUAACAAAUGAUCUGGAACAAGCUAUGGUGAAGAAUAGAACUGAAACCAAGGCUCAUAUUUCCUUUAAACCUACCCUGGAGCAACAGCGAAAAUGUCCUGAUUGCAGUGAAACGCUGUUGGAUGGAGACUUGAUCAUACAGUAUGAUGUCAAUAGAGACUUGUCUGGUGGGGACAUACAGAUUGUGAAUGGCUACUUUGUUCACCAUUUUGCACCUGCAAAUCUACCAAGAGUACCUAAGAAUGUCAUCUUUGUGAUAGACCGCAGCUUUUCUAUGCGAGGCCUCAAAUUCAGACAGACAAAGCUGGCUCUACUUAGAAUAUUAGGAGACAUGAGCACACAGGAUUAUUUUACAAUAAUCAGUUUUGAUUCUACCAUCGAAAAGUGGAGAGAUUCAUUAGUUCAGGCAACACCGGAAAAUGUUUUGCAAGCGAAAAGAUACAUCAUCUACUUACAGCUUGGAGCAGAAACAAAUAUAAAUGAUUCUCUGCUACUGGCUGUAAGUCUUCUGGACACAGCUCUCAAACAAAAGCAACUGCCUGACAGAAGUGUCUCCAUGAUAAUUCUUUUAACAGAUGGCGAUCCAAAUGUAGGGGAAAAGGACCCAGUAAAAAUCCAAAUCAACGUUAAAAAUGCCAUACAGGAGAGGUAUAGCUUAUACUGUCUUGGCUUUGGUUUUGAUGUUAAUUACAGUUUCCUGGAAAAAAUGGCACUGGAUAAUGGUGGUGUGGCUCGACGUAUUUAUGAUGAUUCUGAUUCAGCCUUGCAGCUCCAGGGUUUUUAUAAUGAAGUAGCAAAUCCCUUGCUUUUGGAUGUCGAGAUGCAAUAUCAGGAGAAUGCCAUUUCGGACUUAACAGAGGCCAAUUUUAGACAGUUUUAUGAUGGAUCUGAAAUUGUAGUAGCUGGCAAGAUAUCAGACAACAGCCUUGAUGUGUUCAUGGUAGAAAUUACAGCUAAAACUGCUAGCAGUAAUUUAUCUCUUGAAGAGAAAGUCAAUGUGACAGAGGCAGAGAGGGUUCUGCAAUAUCAACAAUAUAUUUUUGGUGAUUUUACUGAGAGACUGUGGGCCUACUUGACUAUUCAACAACUCCUAACUCAAAGAAUUUCAGCUGAUGCUGGGGAAAAGAAAAAACUAACAGACAGGACCUUGGAACUUUCGCUGAAGUACAGUUUUGUAACACCACUAACUUCAAUGGUCGUGACAAAACCUGAGGAGGACAAAAUGGAUAUAAUUGCCAUGGCUGACAAACCCAUUCAAAAUGCCAAACUCCAGAAACAGCAGAAUGGAGGGUAUUCCACUAGAAUGCAAGGUUUACUUCCACCACAAAGGACCCCUUCAUCACAUGAUUUUCCUGUGUCAAGACAUCACUCAAAGACACGAGGACAUUUUCCUUCAUUAAAUUUUGCAUCAUCUGCUGACCGUGUAGUAACUAGUGUUGAUGGAGAUCCUCAUUUCAUUAUCCAACGGCCGAAACAACAGAAUGCCAUCUGUUUCAACCUUAAUGGGAAACCAGGUUCAAUACUAAAUCUUGUCACAGAUCCACAGACAGGCAUAAAAGUAAAUGGACAAUUAAUAGGAGACAAGAAAGUAGAAAACAACCAGAAAAUAAAUACAUACUUUGGAACAUUUGGGAUUGAAAACAGGAAAAUUAACAUGAAAAUGGCAGUGACAACUGAAAAAAUCAACAUUUAUCACAAUGAAGAAAAGAUUAUUAUCCCUUGGUCAACUACAGCAACAUUAACAUAUGAGAGCUGCUCAGUCUCUAUCAGGAAAGAGAAAGAUCUCACAAUAACGAUGGGGGACGGUGCAACAUUCGUUAUCGUGCUGCAUCGGGUCUGGAAAAAUCACCCUCUGCACAGAGAUUUUCUGGGAUUUUAUACACUUGAUAGCCACAGGCUUUCAAAUAUGACCCAUGGAUUACUUGGUCAAUUUUACCAUGAUGUUAACUAUAAGGUGUAUAACAUCCAUCCUGGAUUGGACCCAGAAAAACCAGAUGCUACAAUGGCUGUAAAGGGUCAUAAUCUGACAGUAACAAGAGGAUGGCAGAAAGAUUAUCGAUUGGAUUCAAAGUGGGGUGCCAACAUCACAUGCUGGUUUGUUCACAACAAUGGGAAAGGAUUUAUUGAUGGAACUUACACUGACUAUGUUGUUUCCUCCUUAUUUGACUAAACAUCCAUACAUCUGACCAGUUUAAUAA